CAGCGGUGAGGUUCAGAGUCGUUAUGGCGUCGCACCGAAAGAGAAUGGGAUUUUUCAGCUGCCGCAUGUAUUGGAAUUUACCAGUCAUGUUCCACGUUCUUUUGUAGUUAAAUAUACACAUGCAAAUGAAGGAAGAAGAUAAUAUACCGGGAACGGUCAAUGGCACCGUUAUGGAGCGAAAAAAAGGUGCUGUCGAAGAUAGCAGGGGUUGUACGGACACACUGGUCUACGAAGCGGGAUCUAAUCAAGCUGCAGGUCGUGGCGACGGUACAGGAAACCGUGUCGGAACGGGGAUACGCGUUCUAAAGCGGAACAUGAAGAGGAAUGGGAGCAGAGGAUGUGUUACCAGGAAGACCCGCUUUGGAUCGCGGGAGCGGGACUGGCUGAAGGGGGAUGCCCAGCGGGGCUGUGUGUGUCUGUACGGGGGAGCAGUUGACCCCCAGCCCCCAGCCUCGGGCCCACAGGCCUCCUCCACCCUCCAGGCAGACCUGCGGCUGGUGCUAUGCUCCACCACUACCACGGUGGAGGAGCUGUGUGCCCAGAGAGAAGUAGAGGGACUAUACCUGCAGCUCCAUGGAGACCUGCUCAGGAGGCUGGACCCCUCUGAGCGCCCUCUGCAGAUGGUGUAUGACUACCUGGCUGCUAUAGGCUACCAGGACCCUCCGCGGGUUCAGAGAGAGGCGGCCAACUCGGACCUCAGCUGCAUGAUCCGCUUCUACAGUGAGUGUCCAGUGAACGCGGACCAGCAGGAGCGAACCCUGCUGACCGGCGUGUUCAGCGUCAGGAAGGGAAAGACCCAGCUGCACAAGUGGGCAGAGCGCCAGGUCCUCCUGUGUGGAACCUGUCUGAUUGUGGCCUCCGUCAAAGACAGCCUGACGGGGAAGAUGCACAUCCUGCCCCUGGUGGGGGGAAAGGUGGAGGAGGUGAAGAGGAGACAGCACUGUCUGAUGUUCAGCUCAGCCGGACCUCAGGCCCAGACAUACUUUGUUAACUUCGACACACUGGCAGACUAUCAGAGGUGGCAUCGGCAGGCUUCAAAAGUGGUUUCUCAGACCAUCAGCCUGGUGGAUCUGUCAUGCUACAGUCUGGAGGAGGUGCCAGAGUACCUGUUCUACAGCCAGGACCUCACCCACCUCAACCUCCGACACAACUUCAUGUCCCUGCAGGGCCCCGGAGGACUGCUCAACCUCCCCAGGUUUUCCCAGCUGAAGAGCCUGAACCUUUCCCAUAACCGCCUGGGAGUGUUUCCAGAGUCUGUCUGUGAGAUCCUCACCCUGACAGAGCUCAACCUCUCCUGUAACGGCAUGAACUCUGUCCCCGCACAGAUAGGCAACCUCCAGAGUCUGCAGACCCUGUCUCUGGAUGGGAAUCAGUUGAGCUUCCUUCCUGAAGAGCUUGGCGGCCUAGCUCAGCUCAGCAGCCUGGGGCUUUCCUUCAACAACUUCCCCCACAUCCCUGGUGUGCUGGAUAGGCUGAGUGGCAUGGACAAGUUAGCCAUGGCUGGGAACAGGGUGGAGACCCUGGAGCUGGGGAUCCUUGCCAGGAUGAGCCACCUCAAGAACAUCGACCUGCGGCUGAAUGGUCUGCGCUGGGUGAAGAGUGAGGCCCUGGAGGCAGUGAAGCAGGUGACCCAGCUAGACCUGAGGGACAAUCACUUGGCCACCCUGGACCUGAGCUCCAUCUGCAGCCUGGAAACCCUGCACUGUCAGAGAAACCAGCUGAGGGCGCUAACGCUGAGUGGCUUCACCCUGCGCACGCUCCACGCCAGCAGCAACCGCCUGACCACAGUCAACAUCUACCCAGUACCCAACCAGCUGACACAGAUGGACCUAUCACGGAACCUGCUGGAGUACCUACCUGACUGGGUGUGUGACAGUAGGAAGGUGGAGGUGCUGGACGUUACACACAACUUCCUGUCUGAACUACCAGCCAGACUGCUCAGCAGCCUGAGUCUGAGGAAGCUGCUGGCUGGGAACAAUAGGCUCCAGAGACUGCCUGACCUACUUGACCACGUCCCCCUGGAAGUACUCGACCUCCAGCACAACAAGCUAGGCGAACUCCCAGAGAGCCUCUUCUACAAGGCCUUAAACCUAAAGUACCUGAACGUGUCAGCUAAUGCCCUGGAGACAAUUCCCCCCAGUAGCCAAUCAGAGGAGAGCCUCAGCACCCUCCAGGAACUGUACCUGACGGGGAACAAACUGAAUGAGAACUGCGCUGCUCUGCUGGUGGGACACCAGAACCUCCGAGUCCUGCACAUGGCCUACAAUCAGUUGCUCUCUUUCCCUGCCAGUAAACUGAGUAAACUGGAGCUGCUGGAGGAGCUGAAUCUGAGUGGCAACAAGCUGAAGACCAUCCCCUCCACUGUGUCCAGCUGUAAGAGGCUACACACCCUCAUAGCACACUCCAACCACAUCAGUGUGUUCCCCGAGAUCCUCAACCUGCCAGAGAUCAAGCUGGUGGACUUGAGCUGUAAUGAGCUGACUGAGAUCCUACUGCCAGACUCUCUAACGUCCACCCUGCAUGAACUGGACCUGACUGGCAACAGCAGCCUCUUGCUGGAGCACAAAACACUCAACCUGUUCAGUCACAUCACCACCCUGAAGCUGGACCAGAAGCCAGCCAUGACCACCGGGGACUCCCUGGGCUCCUCCACCCUGUGGAACCAUGGCUACUCUGAGAUGAGUGGACAGAGGAACAAGUUGUGUGUGUCUGUGUUGGCAGUGGACCGCUUUGGGGAUAGUGUUGAGGCGGCCUAUGGCGUCUUCGACGGAGAUCGCAAUGAGGAAGUUCCUCGUCUGCUGCAGUGCACCAUGGGAGAUGUGCUGUCGGAGGAGCUGCUGCAUUCCAGUGUGGACAGUGUGUACAUGAGCAACACCUUCCUCACCUCACACAGGAAACUGGGCAUGGCUGGUCAGAAGCUGGGUGCAUCUGCCCUGCUCUGUUACAUCCACCACGAGCCGUUGGAGCUGGGCAGCUACUUCAGCCUGACGGUGGCCAACGUGGGCAGCUGCCAGGCGGUGCUGUGUCGAGACGGCCAGCCCUUGCCCCUCUCCAAGGUCUUCAGCCUGGAGCAGAGCACCGAAGAGAUGGACAGGGUCAAACUCAGCAAGGCGAUCAUCACUGAGGAUAACAAGGUGAGUGGAGUGACAUGCUGCUCUCGCCUGCUGGGAUGCUCUUAUCUGUCUCCCUGGGUGCUGCCCAAGCCCUGGGUACGCACCGAGCGCCUGUGUUCCCAAGAUGAGUUCUUGAUCCUGGGGAACCGGGCGCUGUUUGAGAGGGUGUCCUACCAGGAGGCCGUGUGCACCGUGCAGGCCGUGAGGGACCCCCGCGCUGCUGCCAAGAAGCUCUGCACGCUGGCCCAGAGCUAUGGCUGCCGGGACAAUGUGGAGGCGGUGGUGGUGUCCCUGCACAUCGGGGAGGACAGCUGUACCUGUGAGCCCCCUCACGCCAGUACUGGUACUGAACCCCGGGGACCCCCUCCAACACCCCUCCCCGUCACUGCUCCCCCAGGGGACCCGGCCACGCCCUCCUCCAGCAGUGGCAUCGCCUCAGAAUUCAACAGCGAGACUUCAGCCUCUGAGGUGGGGAGUGAGGCGGGCUCCACGGCCUCUGACGAGCACCCCUCCACUGGCCCCACGGCCCGACCUGAGAGGCGCUGUAGCCUCCACCCUGCAGCCACGCUCUGUGCCCCUGCGGGACCUGGCUCAGCUGGGGUAGGGGGGCCCCACCCAGUCCUGUUCCAGCGCCAGCCCUCCUGUGCCACCUUCUCCAGUAACCAGUCUGACAACGGGCUGGACAGUGAUGACGAGGUUCCCCUAGAGGGGGUCAUCUCCAACGGGAGCAAGCUGGAGGUGGAGGUGGACAUCCACUGCUGUGCUUUCCAGAUUCGCUCUGGGCCCCCCGCGAGCCGCAAGGACCACAACCUAGACAAGACACGCUCGGACUACCCCAACGGAAAGAUGCGUCGUCAGAACAGCGUGGUGGUGUCAGCCACUAACGGCUGCCUGCUGGCUGUGUGUGGCAGAGAGAUCUCUGACCUGAAGAAGUCCCCCUCCACCUCCAGCCUCUUUGGGAAGAAGCUCUCCAAUGGCUCCGUGGUGGCCCCGGAAGAUAGCCACAACCUCAUCGAGGUAGCCCUGGAGGCCCCUAAGAAGAAGUCGGGUUACUUCACUGCCCCUGCCCAGCAGGACCCCGAGGACCAGCUGGUAGUGCCUCCCAGUCUGGAGCAGGAUGUUAGGGAACAGCUGAAGGGCCAGAGCCCUAUGGUCCCUGGACCUCCACCUCCUUUCACACCCCCCUCCAUCAGAGACCCUGUGUGGGACCACCCCCACCCCCCUGCUCCCAUGCUGCCCCAGCGGGACCUCGCCCCCAACCCUAUCCCUGCCCUACAACAGGAAGUCUAUGAUACUGUCCUCUAAAGGGGGCCAGAGCACAGCGCCACCCUGUGGUAGUCCUGUGAUAGUGCCAUACCAGGGGGGCAGAGGAGGUCUCUCUGGCACAGGUGGGAUAUUCCAGUUCAAGUUUCCAUUCAGCUCUGUCAUGAAGACCAGAUGGACAUGUGGGGCCUUGACUGUUCACACAUGAAUGUGUUAUGUCACAUUAGACGUAGAGAGGUGCUUAGCUAACUGUCUGAUGAACCUGGUGGAACUGUCUGAGUAUCAGAGCUGAACAGGUACUGAAGUCACCAACCAUGAAAAUAGGUUGUGAAAAGAAGGGGGCCACCGGAGGCCAAAAUACCCCAGCCUGAACUAGAAUACCUCAUGUGUUUUAGACUGCAGAACUUGUUUGCAACAUUUCCCUUUACUUGGAAGGAAGGUCAAAUAGUGAAAUGGUAGAAUAAUCCAUUUGAGUGUGUUAUCAUUCCAUUGCUGGGGGCUCCAGGGGCUCCUAGAUCCCAGGGACAAGUCCUGUGACCAAAAGGUGAAAAAGUGCCUACUGUAGAUGACUCAGCCCCAGAUGUCCCUGCCUCCCUGCCUGUCUGUGUAUGGAGGGAGGAGGAGGGGGGGCAUCACUAUUAACCCUGGAAUAGGACAUCACUGUGUGACAGCGUCCUCCAGGGGCCACCAAUGGUACAGCCACUUCUCGCGCUCGCUCUCUCUCUGUCUGUCUGUAUAUAUAUCCUACUUUAUCUCCCUCUCUAACCUGUUGACUGCACAAUGGCAGCCGACAUGGCUGGCAGGACUGGAAACUGGGCUGACUGGCCUUACUCUGUGGUACAAGGAUUCAGACUGUAUGCUAGAGGCAGGUAGGAACAUUACAGCAGGCGAUUAAAAGAAAACAACAGAAUUUUUAUUUACAAAAAAAACUAAGAUGUGACCCUUUCUAUCUACACCAUAAUCCUCUAUAUGGGAAAUACAGUUAGUAUCUAUAUACACAUUUAGUCUGAGCAGUAUAGUGCAGAACCACAUAGCGGUGUAAUCACAUGGCCUGCUUGGCCUAGUCCUAGCAUCAGGAUGCCUAUCCAUUUGGAAACCAUUGAAGCCUUCCUGGGAGGAAUAAUACAGAAAAUAAUGUUCAAAAAUAGCAUCAAGCGCUCAAGAAAAGGCUAACGCAAAAUAACAUAGUGCAUUGCUCACCUGUACAGAACCAAUAUGACAUACUGCUUCAAAAGCGUUAUUCUAACACUGUAUCCGUGACAGUGCAUGGUCAGCAAAUUUUAACAGAAAAAGUUGUUAUAUUAAUUAUGUUUUAUGAGCAACAUGAAUGGUGACAAUGAAGACGAAACAAUUGUUCACGGUGUUCAUAUCUCAGACGCUACAAUGCUGUACAGUAAUCAUUUACAAAUGAUGGGUGAAAAAACAUGUUCUUCAACAUGAGUUCUUCACGUUAUUAGAGUGCCAUCAUUUAAGGAGUCCACUGUGAGGUGUGUAGCCCCUUUUUCUUUAGUUGUUCUAGUUUCACGUUUGUUGUACCCAGGGAAUUGUGCAAAAUCUCUCCAGUGACCCAUCAUUCCAUUAGCUUCUCAGUCAGCUGAACAGAAUAUACAUGAGUAGUGUACUAAAAUGAGGAUGUUACAUGUAUAUUAUUUUACAUGUAUAUGUAAAGUAUGUAUGUUGUGAAAGUCUAUUUUAGCCAUGCAGUUUGCAUAAUUCCUUUGGAGCCUAUAGAUAUAGCUGGUUGAUGCUCUUCAUUUUAAGUCAGUGAGGGAAAGAGUAAAAAUAAUUGAAAUAAUUAGAUAUUUCAUUCUCAUAGAUCUACUGACAGAUUCAAUAGGGGUUUGUGGGACAUCUGGUGGUGAUAACUAUGAAUUGCCUCAAAUGUUAGUUCUAUAUCAGUGAAUAUCAUCAGUGUACUGUACCACCGCUACCACCUACUGUAUAACAGAUUCAGAACAAGCACAGUGUGUUUUUGUUGGCAGAAAAGAAAAGCUCAUUGGUGUCUUGGCGACAAUAAGGACUGGUUUGAGUAAGAGGGGUGGUGUGAAGCUCACAUGAGUGCCAACACCAAACCAAUCUAACAGGUGGGUGGAUGACUGGAUGGGGUAUUGUGAAGGAACAAACGUUUCAAGAGAUAUGUAGGACACCUGACCUAAUGCUGAGCAGGACGUUAUCUUACACCUCUUUCACGGUGUGGAGACAAGCCUUUGUCUGUUCCAUAUGUUUCUAAGCUGUCAGAGGACCCUUGGUUAAUACCAUCCAACCAAUGAGGAAAACGGGUUUAUCAGAUUACGUUAUUGUGGAAUGUUAGCAAAAAUAUACAAUACUCUUAUCUACAAAUCAACUCACCAGAGCUAAUGAUCUCAUCCAUCUCAAAUUUGUGUCCUGGGAUGAUGACAUGAUGCAGAUGUGGGUUAAAGUAUCGACUGUAUUUUGACACACAAAACAAAAAACACAGGUAUUCUUAUGUAUAGGGCCAAUGAGACAUUAACUUAGACAUUACAUAUGCAACUCACUUGAUAAUGAAGUGAUGACAUCACAAUGAGCAAAGCACUUUUGUGUCCUGAGAAGAGUGAAAAAACUAAAGUAUUGAGUGUAAGCCAUUCGUUUUGCAUCCGAAUUUGAGUUCAGACUUUAUUUGGGGCAUUUGCUAAUGGUUUUAGUGUUGCUGACGUAUGGAGUGGUCCACAGUAUGGUCCUGGCUUUUAUCUAGCGCAGACAUUGUGAAAUAUGUCCAUCAUGGAGAUUGCUUUGAAUAAAGGCAUCCACAUAAUAUGGGUCAUUUGACUGUGAUUAUGACAUUUCUAUAAAGUUGCACUUGUGCUCCAGCAAUGUCAGAGGAUAGUAUAUUGCUAAUUGACUCAUCAUUGGUAUAACAAAGCUGCAGACCAAAAUCUACCCCCCUUCCCCUUUGUGCCAAACUGCCUAACCCUAACCCAUUUUAGAGAGGACAACUUUCUGACUUAGUAAGAGAGGGCUUGUGGUCUGACAAGAGAAUGACCGGGACGUGUUCCUAGAUGCCACUGUGAAAAGGCUAGUGGCAUGGUUGUAAUACUUACCAUAGCUGCUUAGCUAGCUACAACCCUCUCUAUGCUUGCUCAUAGCCUUAAUGCAGCGCUGCCAGUCCUAAUGAUGACGGUGACUAUCUUUUUCUGUUGGUUUUAUUUCCUUUAGCGGAGCUGGUUUUGCCCUUUGACCUUACAUGGCAAGGUCAGGAGCAUAUAACACGCCAAUACUUUGCAUUCUUUUCUCCAAAUUGCAGAGGGAGCAAGGCAACGUUUCAAGCCAGUAGAACAAGGAUUGGAUUCUAAAGGUUUCAUAUAAUUGGCACUAUUUUAGAUGCUCAAAAACCUCACAGCGGCUUCGAAAUGGCUAUUUACUACAUCCUUAACGUUCUAGACUGGAAUGAUUGGUGAAUUUGCCUUUCUAAAGCCUGCUUGCUUAUAAUAUGAGAUGUAUUACAUACAAUUGAAGUCGGAAGUUUACAUACACCUUAGCCAAAUGCAUUUAAAUUCAGUUUUUCACAAUUCCUGACAUUUAAUCCUAGUAAGAAUUCCCUGUCUUAGGUCAGUUAGGAUCCCCACUUUAUUUUAAGAAUGUGAAAUGUCAGAAUAAUAGUAGAGAGAAUGAUUUAUUUCAGCUUUUAUUUCU